CGAAGACUCGGAGUUUCCCGAGAAGGACUCAGACAGUGGCCGGACCCUUCACGGUAUUUAAAGAUUUUAGCGGCUGGGAUUGAAGGACAGUUAGUCGCACAGCUCCGACACCGGUGACACAUACCUGCGGACACUACCCUGCAUCAGACCAGACCCCCCGAAAACGACUGCACUUGAACUCAACGCUCACCUGCACCGGCUGAAACCACUUCAUUACAGUUUUUCUCGCUCCUGCAGAAAUGUCUCAUUCUAAACCACUGCUCAUCCCGUGGCUGCGAACCCAGAUUGACAGCGGCAGGUAUCCUGGUGUCCAGUGGACAAACCCGGAAGGAACAGAGUUCACCAUCCCAUGGAAACACGCUUUAAGACAGGACUCCUCCGACACUGACAUUCUCAUCUUUAAGGCCUGGGCAGAGGUGAGCGGCAAUGGCCGGGCCCAGGGAGACCCAUCAGUCUGGAAGAGGAACUUCCGCAGUGCCCUCCGAGCCAAAGGCUUCAAAAUGGUUGCCGACAACAAGAACGAUGCCGCUAACCCCCAUAAAGUGUUUCGCUGGCCGGAUGAGUCAGCGUCAGGAGCUAACUCUGCAGGAUCCAAGGACCAAGAUAACCCUGAUUUGUCUGAGGAUUGCGGCCAUCCUAUAUUAGAAAGCCAGGUUGUCUCAAGCAUAAAUGACUGCCUCUACCUUCCAGAAGAAACUCUAUUUACAGCAGAAUCCACUGUCAACCACGAUAUUCUCCAAGAGUGUCUAAAGGGACUGAACAUCGGCCCUGAAGCAGAGGGCACCGCAGGCUUUGAGCCUCCUCCUGAGCAACAGCAGCUACAGGAUCAGGUUGUGAUUGGUGGACACACGUUGCCUGGGCAACAGCAGUAUCCAGUAAUGUUUGAGGGUGCAGGCGGCGAAGCUGGGUUGCCUGAGCAACCAGCAGGUCCAAUGGGGGGAGCUGUGGGAGGGGCGUGUAGUGGGCAGCUGGCGGAGCAGUUCCUGCAUACUGUGAACGAGACCAGCAAUGGAGAUAAUUUCAAGACUCAUUUCAACAUAUCAGUGUACUACAGAGGGGUGAAGGUGUUUCAGCAGCUGAUUGAGAAUGAAGCUGGGAUCCGCUUAGUCUACAGCCCUGAUUUCAGCGGGACACUUUUGGACUACGAAUCGGGUCUGUCCUUGGUCUUUUUGCCGAGUCCUGGGCCCAUGUUGGAUAAAACUCAAGCCAAACUGACCCAAUGCAUCCUGGACAAGCUGGGAGACGGUUUGGAAGUAGGGGUCUCGGGCCAUGUGGUCUACGGCCGGCGACAGGGUGAAAUCAAAGCCUUUUGGAGCUUCUUUAAGUCUGAUCGCAGCAGCCAACCCCAGGAGAUUUCUAAACUGCAGCCUCAACCCCUUUACAUGUUCAGGGAGUUUUUGCGAGGAAUACUGGACUUCAUUGAUGGGAGAGAGAGCCCUCCCUGCUCCCUGUUCUUCUGCCUCGGGGAGAAGUGGCCAGACGACAGGCCUUGGGAGAAGAAACUCAUCACAGUGGAGGUGGUUCUCACUUCAAUGGAGUCACUGAAGAAUAUGGCUGUCGAAGGUGGUGCCUCCUCCCUGCAGUCUGUAGAGCUGCAGAUAUCCUUGGAACAGAUGAUGGAGUUGUGCUGACAUACUUUGCUUUGCCUGUACAGAGUCAUUGUUUACCCCCCCUCCCCUUUUUUUUUUUGCCUUGACAAAAACAUCUUAGAAAUUAUCGCUUUUACAUUUAGAAACAUUUUAAAUCCUGAUUUCAGCCCAGUAGAAUGGAUCAGGUAACAACAAUGGUAUUAAUAAUUGCAUUUUAACACCUUGAACUAUUGACAAUAUGAUCACAACAGAUUUGACGGGAUCUUUUGUACAUCAGUGACAUUAUCGGUGCUAGUGCCCCCCCAACACACACACAAUGAAAUUGAAAUACAGUGUGUAUAAAGUUCAAGUUGACUCAAUAACACAGAUGUUAUCAGAACAUCUGGAGUCAGCCCGAAUGCUUUUGAUGUUGUGUCACAUGAGAUUUAUGGCACAGUAUGUUCAAUAUACACCUGAGCACAACACAGUUCUGUGCCAAAAUACAUCAGAGGACGUACAGAGAAAAAUGCAUAUGCUGUGCAGAUGUUUUUCUUACUUUAUUUAGGAGUCUAACCUGACUCUUAAAUAACGUUUCAAGCAACGUUAUAGAGAGUCUUCGCUACAGUGUUUCAAAUGAAGCUACACCAUGACAAACUAUCACCAUACAACACAAUAUCACAACAAAGAGAUUUCAAAACUUUAUUGAAAUAUCUGAGGACAUUACCAUGUUAUUACCAUGAAAUCAGUUCCCUCUCAGGAUCUACUGUCAAUUCAGAAUUUCAUUCUUUACUCAAACCUCAAACCAGUGUUUGCUCUACAUUAUUAUUAUAAAUCCAAAGUAGAACAAAUACAAAAAAAAAAAAGUUUUUAUAUCCUUUCUCAAUUUUUUUUUUCAGUUCCAAAAUGGCUGGCUGGGUGUGGAUGAGAA